GAAAAAUGGCUGAUUUGAGAGACGAACACGGCAACCCUAUUCAACUCACCGACGAACACGGCAACCCGGUUCAACUCACUGACGAACACGGUAACCCCAUUUAUGUCACCGGUAUUGCCACCAAGCAUCCCACGACGACAACGUCACUGUCGGGUUUAAUGGGAUAUGGCACCGGUUCCGCCGUCGCCACUGAUCAGUCGCAACAGCAGCUGCAGCCACCGCCUCCGCAGCAAACACAGCCGCUGCAUUACGAGGUUUCCGGCAAGGAAAAGAUUCAACGCUCCAGCAGCUCCAGCUCCAGCUCUAGCUCGUCGGAGGAUGAUGGGAUGGGCGGUAGAAGGAAGAAAGGGCUGAAAGAGAAAGUAAAGGAGAAGCUAACAAGUGGAAAGAAGAAGGAGGAGGAUCAAUCUCAGACCAAAACUUCGGCUGUCAAAACCACAGCGUCAACCACAACCACCACGACCGGUCCCCCGCCGGGUCAGCACCACGAGAAGAAGAGUGUGAUAGAGAAGAUAAAGGAAAAACUACCUGGUCAUCAUGCUCAUUAACAA